GUGUUUCUGGCCAAAAGAGUGCCACUCGUCUGUUUCUGAGUUUGUGGGACUUGAUCGCAAACUCUGUUUCUUUCAAAGCACACACUCCCUCUCCUUCCUGUAGAGUGACAAUGCAUAACCCAAAUUCCAUCAAUCUACUCUCGUCGCUGCCAGUUAUGGAUGACUCAUCCCAGGCUACAGAGUCUAAUCCUAAGAAUGAGCAAAGCGGGAUGGCAAAUGAUGAUCAGAUGUUUCUCUUGUACUUCAUAAUGGGUACCUACUUUGGCCCUGAUGUUAAAGGAGACAGGCCCCCUAAGUCAGUGUUGCAGAGAAUAGCUGAGGGACUUCCACCAUAUACUUUUGAGCAACUAGCUGGGUCCCAAAUCAAUACAGCGGAGGUGCAGCAGGUGUACUAUUAUGUUCUUAGGAAGGCUGAUCAAUCUGCCAUUGUUAAAUUACCUUUGUUGCACCAGUUCUUCCAUGGUAAUCUCCUCAUCCAAGGACAAGAUGACACAGCCAAUUACCCUCAGUUUCCUGAUCUCUUUCCUCCCCUACUUCACUACAAUUCGCAGUCAAGAACCAGUUUUAACUUCUUUGAGAACAUUGUACUUAUCAGAAAUCCGGAAAUAUAUUACAUUAAGCCAGAGGAUAUAGAAAGAUUUAAGAGGCUAACUGGGCUUGAGGGUCUUGUUCUGGAUAGAGAUUCUGCGAGGUUGCAUGCCAUUACUGAUGGAAGUACUUUAUAUGAUAUGACAGUCCAUGAGCAGAAGUCUAAUGGAGAAUCACCUCCCAUUAGAUCAUCUCGAAGCUCUACUGUAACAAAACAUGUAGAUGAUCCUCUAGAAUAUAAGGAUCCUCUGAAUCAAGUGCAUGUGGUGGCACCUACCAGUAGUGUGGAAUAUAAUAGUACACCUGUUAUGUACAGUUAUAUGGCUCCUUUGCCGACGGGAAAUGGCUCUGAUGUUACACAGAAUGUUGAUCCUGCUAUGAUUUUUCUUCCAACUGAAAAAGAGUGGUCAAAUAUUGUAGCUGCAACCAAAAAUGGAUUUGCAUUGACUGGGAGUGCGGCAACAGGACAUAUAGGACCAACUAUAGGACUCAUUGACAUUGGAGAGUCUGAGGACUCCUACCUGUUUCGUGUAUCUCUUCCCGGAGUGAGAAGAGAUGAAAGGGAAUUCAGCUGUGAAGUUGAAAAUGAAGGACAAGUAUUGAUAAGAGGGGUGACAAUAACAGGUGAAAAGACAGUGUAUAGGUACUCUCAGAUGUUUGAGAUGCAAACACAAAAUCUUUGCCCUACUGGGCAUUUUUCUAUCUCAUUCCAGCUGCCUGGUCCAGUUAAUCCCCAGCAGUUUUCUGGUAAUUUUGGCACUGACGGAAUCCUUGAAGGAGUUGUGAUGAAACGCUUAGAUGUGAAAUGAUGCUUAUGUGGAACUGAUAUAUAAUAGGAGCAGACUGUAUAUAUUUGUUUAGGGACUUUCUGAUAAGGAGUUUUGUUUUACUAAGUUUCCCAUGUUUUUCCUGCUUUUCCUAUUGAGUGCUGAUGAUAGCUGGUUUUAUGUCUUCCUAGGAUGCCUCUAUUUGAGCCACUCUUAUGCAGGUAAUAAAGUUUGUUUGUUUUGGUC